AUGCGUCUGCCUCCUCAACCCUCACAGAUAGACCUCUCUCCAAGACCUGUAUUCAAAAUGAAGUACGCCGCUGUUCUCUUCGCCUGUCUGGCUGGCAUUGCCGCCGCCGCGCCAGUUGUCAACACUGUCGACUACACAUUCAAGGAAACUGGUGACGCCCUCAAGCAGCAUCUCGACCAUAUCACUUCUGACGACUUGAAGGCAAUUUUGGGUGACAAGUACGGCCAGGACUUCGAUAUCGCGUUCAAGGAUUCGACCGGCACAAUUGCGGGACACAUUACUGGCAAGUUUUUCCACUAG